AGUUUGACAACUGUAACUAAUCCAAUAAUGUCAUUUCAGCAACGUAAAUCCACGCAUUAUAUAAGCCUAUAGAAAUUGGCAAUGGUCUAGUGAAUGUCAACGUCGGAAGGCACCAUCCGCAGGUAAAGCUUAGACGAUUUAGACCCUGUCCAACCCUACAAACAAACAUUCGCCCCCAUCACAUGCAGAUGAGAUGGGGGCUGAUGCAUGACCAGGGUGUCAAAUAGGAUACCUAUGUGACGGAGAAAUAAGAUAAAAGACGGUACCGAUCCCCUAGGAAGGAGGACGAAACAGCCAGGACUCUGGAUUCUAACAAUACAAAGUCUACAGAUAUACAUCUUCAAGUUAUGUCACCAUCUCUUUCAAUUCUUGCUAGCUGGGUAAACUCUCCAGGGUUGAAUUGGAGACAAGUAACCCUUAGCUUGACAACGGCCAAGUUCAUAUUCAUGAGCUAUAUGAAUAUUCGUCAACUCAGUGUUUUACUGAGAGACAAGCCCCCUAAAUCUCUAGAAGCAGCAUUCACACAAGAUGCCUAUGAUAAAUCUAGAGAGUACUCUCUAGACAAGAUCAAGUGUUCUAUAGCUAUCAAUAUCUGGCUGUACUGUGAAAAUUUAGUCUACAUCAAGUUCAAUGUCUACUUGCAAUUGUGGCGGGCCUCUGUAUAUGCCAGCUCCGUUCUCCCUGUCCUCCUCGCGGCUAUUGAGUUAUUGACCCAUAAUUUGAUGAUUUUACCUUUCAUGUACUAUAGGGAUUUUUAUUUGGAAGAAAAGCACGGUUUCAACAAUUCCACGUUCUCUCAGUGGCUAAAGAACAAGUUAAAGGGGUACUCUGUCCAGUUGGUGUUGCGGUCGCUGUUGGUUGCUGGAACUUUGAAAGUGGUUGAAUUAGCUGGUGACCUGUUUAUCUGGUACACCUGGCUCUUUAUUUCGAUGUUCAUCGUUGUCGUAGGAACAUUGUACCCCUACUUGAUUAUGCCCUUGUUUUACAAGUCGAAACCUCUUAGUCCGGGAAAGCUAAAGGACUCCAUUGAUCGUUUGGCUCACAAGAAUAAGUUCCCAUUAACCAAUGUUAAUGUCAUUGACGGUUCUAAAACUUCCUCGCAUUCAAAUGCAUUCUUCACCGGCUUUCCAUGGUCAAAGCACAUCUUUCUUUACGACACCAUGGUUGACAAGUUUGAGGUGGAAGAAACAACCGCAGUUUUGGCCCAUGAAAUUGGUCACUGGAAAUUGAACCAUGUACUGAUAUCAACGGUCUUUGAGCAAUGUCAGCUUUUGCUUAUUCUGUCAGCCUUUUCGCUUUUCUACAACAACCCUUAUUUGUACUCCUCGUUCGGAUUUGAUUACACACCAGUUUAUGUGAAAUUCUUAAUCUUCUGCUACAUUCUCACACCCAUGAACUGUGCUUUACAAUUCAUGUCUAAUGUUUUGUCACGCAAGCAUGAAUAUGAGGCUGACGCUUAUGUGGUGAGUCUGGAUUAUGAGGAGCACCUUGUUGCUGCCUUGAUUAAGCUUGAUAAGGAUAACGGAGGGGCGUUAGAUUCUCAUUGGUUAUAUUCGGCAUACCAUCGUUCACAUCCCUUGUUAAACGAACGAUUGCAGGCAAUCAGACAGGUACCCAGAAAGAAGAAAUGA